UGGACGUCACUGACGUUUUCUCUCAUUCCUCGCCUUCCCCUUCUCGGGGUUUUCUUUUUUUCUUCAGUUCCACCGGAGCAUCUCUCUCCUUCUGCUCUGCCCCUCUCUCUCCAUCCCUCCCUCUCUCUCUCUCUCUCUCUCCCUCCCUCUUUCUACACCGCCCACUCCUUCCCAACCAUUGAUCCCACCACUCACCGCCGCCUCGCCAGCUUCUUCGCCUCAUUACAUCGCCCGCUGCGCUUUUCUGCCUUUUUUAUUUGGAAGGGACAAGAAACCGCACAUUUUGGACCAAAGGGGAGAAGAGGAGAAAGACAAACAAAGCAUCACCGCCAUGGCGACCACCGAGGAUAAAGCGGCCACCAAGGAGAACGUGUCCAGCUGGAAGGACUCCAUCUACAACCCGAGGACCGGGGAGCUGCUGGGGCGCACGGCCUGCAGCUGGGGCCUCAUCCUGCUGUUCUACCUGGUUUUCUACUGCUUCCUGGCCGGUAUGUUCGCCCUGACCAUGUGGGUGAUGCUGCUCACGCUGGACGACAAUGUGCCGAAGUACCGAGACCGUGUUCCCUAUCCAGGGCUGGUGAUUCGCCCCCAUGCACUGGAUAUGGCAUUCAACAAAUCGGACCCGCCAAAGUAUGCGCAAUAUGUCAAAAACCUGGAGUCCUUCCUGCAGAGGUAUAAUGAUACAAAGCAGGAGAGCAAUGAGGACUGUCCCCCCGGAGACUAUUUCAUGCAGGACGAUGCUCCGGAGAAGAAAGUGUGCCGCUUCAAGAGAAGCGCCCUGAGUUUUUGCUCCGGCCUUUCUGACACCAACUUUGGAUAUUCUGAGGGCAAACCGUGCGUGCUGCUGAAAAUGAACAGGAUCAUUGGCCUGAAGCCUCGCGGGGAUCCCUAUAUCAACUGCACAGUAAAAAAAGACAACCCGAUUCAAAUGCAGUAUUUCCCCAGUGAGGGGCGUAUUGAUAAGAUGUAUUUCCCGUACUACGGCAAGAACAUCCAUGAGGAUUACGUGCAGCCCCUGGUGGCUGUGAAGCUGCUGCUCACCAAGGAGGACUACAACAAGGAGCUGGCGGUGGAGUGCAGGGUGGAGGGCUCCGACCUCUGCAACAACGACGAAAGAGAUAAGUUCCUGGGCCGCGUCACCUUCAGGAUCAAGGUGGUCGAGUAAGAGAGUUAGACGGCCGGUAAAAAGGGAAACCGGGUGCAGAGGCUGCCCAUGUUCGAUAAGGAUUUAUGUUUAAAGAUAAUAAAAAAAGGAAGGAAGUGUCAAAUGCGUCACGAAGACUGCAUGUUGGAAUGGGGCCAAAACAUUAAAUGCAGAUUAGUUUGGCUUCCGGGUUGAUACAGAUAUCAAAUUGUGCUUUGAUUGACAUUUCUGACUCUUCUUUCCUUCAUGAUUCCUUGCUGACCUCCUCAAAGAUUCCCAGAACAAGACACAGGUUCUUAUCCUCACCAUCCGUUCAUCCAUUCACCCGUUGCACUGAUUCUUCUUCUCUCAGUUUAUAUGAUUUUUAUUUUUUUAGUAUUGAUGUGAAUAGGAAACUUAUCGCCAUUGCAACCAAGCCAUUUGGCGCUAUUGUGUAGUUGCUGGUACAAUUUUCUUUUGAUGUUCUUUAGAUUUUCCUGGUUUCAGGAAGAGGGUGUUGUUUUUUCUCCAUCUCUCCAACCUGUAUGAAUGACUGUAUUAGCGCUGGUGUUGAGAGGAUUUUUAUCUUGCUGUAUAGUGUAAUUGAGAAAGUAGAACGUUUCCAACACAUCUCCAGAGUAUUCACAUUCUCACGUCACAAAGAUUUCAUAGGAACGUACCUUGAUAAUCAAGUAUAGCCACUGUAUCCCUGUAUAUGAAAUGCCAAUUACAAAGUCCCUUUUGACAUAUAAAUACAUUGUGAUCCUUUACCAUAUUUAGGGAAUUAUAGAUAGAUCUUUGUGUUCUGGUCUCCGUGGCCACAACCCAGUCUCGUGCUGUCUGUCUGUCUGCAUGUCCGUCCGUCUGUCUGUCCGUCUUCCUGUUUACUCACCUCUCCACUGCAAUAGCCAACAUGUGCGUGAGCCGUCCGGGACUAGAUCAGUUGUCCCGCUUCACCUCGCAGGUUGCUGCGUGUUGAUGGUUGCUGAGGCGACACACACACGCACGCACACACACACAGAAGGAACAUGUCAAAAUUGCUCUCAAGGCGGAGAGGUGCUGGAAAAGCGUUGCAAAAAUAAAAGGCCCACUGUAACUAUGUACUGUAUAUCUUUACGUGAUCUGUAUAUCUAUCUGGGUCUCAAAGAUUGUUUGUUGGUUUUUCUCUUUUCUUCAACCUGUUGAUCUGAUUGUCUGCCAAUCUAUUACUCUUCAAUGUAUAUAUAUACACUAUCUACCAUAUUUACUUGAUUCACACAGUAUUUUUGUCACAAAACACAAUGUCUGUGCACUGUAAAGAAAUAAUUUAAGCAAAGAUUUACAGGAAAUUAUCUUAUUCAAAGCUAUGUUUACACAGUCUUAAGGAGGAACCCGCAUUCGAAAGAACAACUUGUAACAUCUCUUCAGGGUGCCUUAAGACCCGAUGAAAUAAAUUGUGGAAUAAAAGUGAUUUUGAAGA